AUGCCACAUCGAACACCGCCCUGUCAACUUCCUGUUUCUGGGGCGACCACUCCAUUCUGGCGCACAGAAUUGCACGAACUCGACAGUUUCAGAUCGACAGAAGAGCUACCAGCUGAAUGCGAUAUCGUAGUCAUUGGUGCAGGGUACGCUGGGGUCUCGACGAUCCAUCAUCUACUCAAGCAGGGCGGCACGGCUCCCCAGAUCGUAUUACUCGAAGCCAGACAAGCUUGUUCUGGAGCUUCAGGGCGCAAUGGAGGACAAGUCAAACCUGACGUCUACUACAACAUCCUUAAAUACACCCACAAAUACGGAGCAGAGCAAGCCGCCUCAUUCGCGAAAUUCGAAGCAAGAAAUGUCCUAGCAGUCAAUGAACUUGUCACGAAAGAGAAAAUCGAUUGUGAUUUCGUGCUAACCAGAGCUUUGGACGUGUAUCUCGAUGACGAACAUUCUAAAGCGACGAAAGAAGCUUUCGAUGAACUUUCUACGAUAGGUGUCGCGGAUCUUGCUGAUAUUCAGUACACCCAAGGCGAAAAAGCUGAAAAGAUUUCUGGGGUCAAGGGAGUUAAGAGUUGCUAUUCUUAUACUGCAGGUCAUAUUUGGCCCUAUAAGCUCGUGAUGGAACUUCUCAGCAGAGCUGUCAAGAAAGGCGUGAAUUUACAAACCCAUAAACCCGCCACAUCAGUCUCGGAGUCGGAAGAAUGA